CCAGCCACUAACGAGCUCGACCGCGAACACUAUUAACAUGUCCAGUAUACUGUCUAUUGUAUAUCCUCAUGGACCAUAUCAGUCCACCUGUGGAUAUUGCAGUCCUCAAGGUGAGAGAAGCGAAGAAGAGACGAGCUACCACACCGCUGCUUUGACACCGAUUCAGUUGUCCUGCGACGUGUACCAGAAGAUGAUCGAUCGGGGCUGGAGGAGGUCCGGGGAAUAUUGCUAUAAACCUGAUCUGAAGAGGAGUUGCUGUCCUCAAUAUACUAUCCGGCUGGAUGCUCUUGAGUUCAAGCCUUCGAAAAGUCAGAGGAAGCUCUUGAAUCGAUGGAACAAACACAUCAUCUAUGGCGAGGACGAUAAUGGCACGGAUGCUGUGGGUACCUCAGUUGGUAACUCGUCGACUAAGACGCCUAAUAAACCACCGAACAAAUCUCCGCCGGCGUCCUUCGUCUCACUCGUACAUGCUUCGGAGACCUCAUUCAUCACUGAUGGGAUCGACCCAGCUCAUAAAUUCGAGGUAACGAUUGAACCCUCAAGCUUUACCGAGGAAAAGUUCGCGCUGUUCCAGUCAUACGAAAAGCAUAUCCACAAGAAGGAUGAGACAAAACCCUCUGGGUUUCGGAGAUUUCUCGUGGACACGCCACUCGUUAGGGAAGAGAUUCCGUACUCGUCACCACCACCAAGUCACUUACCAACACACUACGGCGCGCAUCACCAACUUUAUCGUCUAGAUGGCGAGUUGAUUGCGAUGGGUGUCAUCGAUAUCCUUCCGAAUUGCGUCUCUAGCGUGUACUUCAUGUGGGAGAAACGUUUCGAGAAGUUCUCUCUCGGGAAAAUCAGUGCUCUUAGGGAGGCAUCGUUGGCGCGGGAGAUUCGUGAAGCUGGUGCGAAACAUAUGGGAUAUCUCUAUAUGGGCUUCUACAUCCAGAGCUGCCAGAAGAUGCGAUACAAGGGCGAAUACGCACCAUCCUACCUCGCAGAUCCAGAAGAAUAUACUUGGCACCCUAUAGAAACCUGCAAGCCCCUUCUGGAGAAAACCAGAUACGUCUCAUUUGCUCAUCCAGAGCACUCUACCAAUGAGCCCGCAGAUCCUUCAGCCGGCAAGAGGCUUUCUCGUGUUUUUUUUGUGAUGCAGUUACUGAUGCAUACAGUAUAA